AGUUAGUCCCGCGUCGCUUCCCGACCGGUGUGCAGUCCUCCGUAAUGCUCGUUCACCGACGCCGGCACCAAGUCGCGCCUCUCCGGAGCACCGUCGUCCUCGAAGCCAUGCCGUGAGCUGGCUCGUGCCGCUUGUGACAUCGUGGUUUUCUGCCCUCCGUCAGCGCGUUGCCUCGCGGAUGCCGUGACGAGGUGUCGAGUGGACGUCGGUGUGCGUGUCUCCCCUUUUUUCAAACAACUGAGUCGGCCGCAUUUUUGUGCUCUUGUUAACAGGCGUUCUUUGUGGUGAUAGCUUGGCGGGCGUGCGACGUCUGGUAGGACGUCAUGCGGUCUGCGUCCGUUUGUGUUGGACGUCGGAGCGGUUUCGUGAUCAGUGGGGUCGUUGUGAUUUCUAUACUCGUCUUCCUGGAGUCCCGUGGUGUGGACGCCGGGGUCGCUGUGCGGACAAGGAAUGCCACUAGGACAGGGAUUGAUGUCGACGCCACGACCUGGCCUUGGACGACCUACACACCGUACCCAGAGACAGUGGCGCCGACGACGAACGUGACAAUGCAGCUUCAGACUAAAAGGGUGAAAUGCUAUUACUUCAAGACCGACCCUGUGCGCACGUACUGUCACGUGUUGGGGCUGAAGGGAUCAAUCACGGCUUUAGAGGCAAACAAAGAGUGCAACGAAAUUUCGAUGAACCUCUUGAGCAUCAAGACCACUCCGCAGCAUCGCAUCUGUACGCUCAUGAAGGUCUUCAAGUUGGACGAAACCAAACUCUGGAUUGCGGACAUGACUGACACACUUCCGAACUCAACACUAAGUCGCUGCAACCUCGAAGUGCUGGAUGAAACUGUGUCCAACGUCGAUCGCCGCUGCAAAAACUGUUCCAUUGCUGUGUUGUGCGACGCCGGGUUUUAUCAUUCGAACGGAGCAAACUGUGUGACUGUCCAGGAAAACUCUCGCGAUGUCGAGUACUGCUACCACAAGGAGCCGCUGGGUGCCUACGAAAGCGAACUGCAGUGCCGUAACCGCUCGACCGAUCUCAUGAGCGAGGCCAUUCUGCGCCAACAUUCCCUGGUGAACUACGUGAGACCCAUCGUGCGCACAGAUCUGGAGUUCUGGGUGAACAUGCGGAAAGAGGAUGUCAGUGAAGUAAGCGGAGUGAUAGCCUUCAACACGUUCGACCACGACUGGAACCACUCGUGCGUGACCGUCUGGUUCGGCCGUGACGUGCCGUGGUUCUUCAGGCGAGAAUGCGAAGACACUUUCCAGAUCGUCUGCCAAGACACCAACAACAAAUGGAGGAACCACAGCAACGGUGCUCUGCUGCCUCACCGCGGACAUGAAAAAUAUCCACAGAAGAACUGCUUCUACCACGCGUCUCACUCAUGGACCUUCGGCUACUGUGUACCGGAGGGGCACAAGUUCACCAUCAGCGAAGGCAUGGAAUUCUGCAAGUCUCGCUCAAUGGAGUUGCUGAGAGGCAGCACACUGCGUGAGCUUUUCUACGUCUCCCGCCACCUGGAAAAGCAUCAUCACAACAACAUGGACAGGUACCUCGUCUGGGACAGCGACUUUCGCCACCAUGUCUUCGACGAAACCAGAUGUAAAGCCACCAGCCUUCACGAAUCAGAAUCCAGGACUUCAUUCUCUAAAGAACUGAGUUGCAGCACUUUACGUCCUUAUAUAUGCAGACGAGUGAAAAAUGUCAGAUCUGAUGGCACCACAGAUGACCCUGAUGAUGAUCCGCGCUGUGAUAACGUACAACGAAGUCCGGGACUGAACGUCCAUGCCUGCCUGAAUGUGGCACCUCUCACUUAUAGGGAGAGCGUGUCCAAGUGUAGUGACCUGGGCUUGAAACUCCUGAACCAAUCACUCAGCAACACUCACUACGAUAAUCUCAUUGAUGACCUCGGUUUCGCCGUGCAUUACAGCGAGGCCGUCAUGUACUGGCUUCUAAAAAACGACAGCGACAAGGACAAGUGCGCCGCACUGCUGCGAAACGGCGGCACGUUCAUCUUGAAAAACUACAACUGUGAGGCCAAGCUCCCGUUCGUCUGCGUUCAUGACUUCGGAAGUGGUCCGGAGAGCUUGUACUGCCCCGCCAAGAAGGAGUACGACGCCUUGUGGCCCCGCACACCUCGUGGGCUGCGCGUGGUGCGAUCCUGUGCGAGGUCCGAUACAGCACCCGAGAUGCGGACCGAGCUUUGGGCUCCGGGACGUCCGUUCGCAAUGGGGUUCAAAAAUGUAAGCGACGAGGAUCUGGAAAGUAAAUCGCCCUUUGUAGAGCUCACGACGGAAUACGGGAUGAAAGACACAUUGCUGUCCCAAAAACCCAAGAUGAGCAGAACGUGCGAAGAAGAUGGACAGUGGGGGCUUGUUAAUGAUACCGAGUGCGUGUCCCGUUCCUUCAAAGACACCGCAUAUUCUAUAAUGAGCGAGGGAAAUUUUUCAGCCAUGAUCGACCGACUGGCAGGCAUCAGCAACGGCAUCAAGACGCACAGUGACCUUAAGUACGUCGCCACAGCCUUAGAAGAGAUUAUGAAUGCGAGAAUCGAAACAAUUCCCAAGCAAGAGCUUGGCAAUAAGACUCGAGAUAUGGCUGAUUCCGUGGUCACUGCAAUCAAUGGUGCCUUGGCGAAGGAAAAAGUCUGGAACGGCGUCGCACAGGAAGAACGGCUUAUAACCGCCUUUAACAUGAUGAACGUGCUGGAAACUAUGGUCCUCCAGAUGCUCGAAUACCAGCCCGCUAACGACGCCACUUCCGCCUUCAACCUCAGCCACAAGUAUCUGAGAGUGGAAGCCACAAAAGUAACUGCAAAUCGGCUGAGGAAACCAGCUAUGCUGCCUUCUAAUCAAAGCAACAACAGCCUCAAGCUUCCACCUAAUUUUCUGAGUGGAAGCCAUGGUAAUGUAAGCAUCCUGUUCGCAGAGUACACGAAUGUCCACGACAUUCUGCACCCUCCCCAUGAAGAGGAUAAAACUCCAAGUAGAAGUUUGCAGACAGCUGUCCUGACAGCGACGGUCAUGCUUGAAAGCAAGGUUGUGACCGCCAUUGAAGGAACCAUUGAUCUGACAUUCAAAGUAACUCCAGGAUACAGAAAUCCGACUUGUGUCUUUCUGGACAGAAAAGCGAAAUGGAAGAACGACGGAUGCAGGGUCAAAAGCGCGACCACGGAUGAAGUGGUGUGCAGCUGCGACCACCUGACCAACUUCGCGGUCCUCAUGAGCCCCAAGGCUGCGCUGGAAGACGACACGGGACUCCACUGGAUCACCGUCCUCAGCUGCCUCGUCUCCAUCACCUGCCUUGCUCUUUGCAUCGCUGUAUUCAGCUUCUACAGGCACCUCAAAGGCAUACGAAACACCAUUCACCGGAACCUCUGCGUUUCGCUUCUGAUUGGCGAGAUUAUCCUCCUGUUGGGCUUGGAUAAGGACAGUCCCUUCGUGAAGAGCCCCGGAGUAUGCACGACCGUUGCCCUCCUCCUGCAUUUCUUCUUUCUGUCCGCCUUUGCGUGGAUGGCACUGGAAGGAUGCAACAUCAUCGUACUCCUCUGGAAGGUGUUCAACCAAAAGAGAACUUACUACGAGAGGUACUACAUCGCGGGAUACGGGAUUCCACUGAUUAUAUCGUGCGUAACCUUUGGAAUUCGCCAAAAGUACUACGGAAAAGCAAAUGUCUGCUGGCUUCCCGUGGAGUAUGGCUCUCGGUUCAGCUUCAUUGGACCGGUUGCUGCUGUUAUAUGUUUAAACAUGGGAGCGCUUGGCCUUGUACUCUGGAAGAUGUCUCACGUGAGGGCUGUCGUAGAAAAAAGCACCAUCGAGAAAGUACGAAACUGGGUCCGUGGAACCGUGAUCCUCCUGCCGAUUCUCGGAUUAACUUGGCUUCUCGGCUUCCUCAUGCUUGGAAGUGACAAUCUGUAUCGAGUAGGAGCAUAUUUAUUCACCGUCUUCAAUUCAUUACAAGGCUUAGGAAUUUUCGUUUGCCACGUGCUAAUGAACAAGAAAACUCGAGACGCCAUUAAAAGAAGCAUCAUGAACACUGGAAGCAUGGUGAAGGGUUCGAUUUCCUCGAGGUCAAGUCGGUCCGGCACGUCGUCGUCCAGAACAACUUGGUAUCCAUUCACGCGGUCUUCAACUUCCUCACGAGCUGCUCCUGCGCCUGAAAACCCUUUACCAAACAACUCCAAGUCGCAGUCCAGCAGUUCUGACACCGACACCGACGCGAACCCAUGUCCCGAGCUCGAAUGCUGGCCCGGAGCGCGGUUCAAGUACGACCUCAAACUGGGAGAUUACCAGAGAGACAAUAUCGCACCCGACAUUCCUCUCGAUAAAUCUGUGCUUCCCAGGUUUCGUCCCUCGAGACAGUCAGAAGCCUGAAGCUUACCUACGUGCUUACAUCCCGCCACCAAGUCCAACCGAGUAGAGACAUGUUGAAAAAUAAUUGUGAAGAGAGAUGGAGUUUUAGGGAACUAUUUCGCCCACCUCCACAACGUUUUUCGCAGUGUUACGUAACUGGAACACACUCCUUGCGACCUCGAUUUUCGGCAAGGUGUUCCUCCGCUCAGGUUUCUCCUCUCCCAUCCUGCGAGGUUAACGUUAGAGGGAAGGAGGAAACCUGGAGAGAGGAAACUGACUGCUCGCGAUAUCCGCUAGAAAGAGGGGGAUCAAAACCCCAACGGGUGUGGGGAAGGAAGGAGGAGAAAAAAUUAAGGUAAACUGGCGAAAGUGUAAAGUCUGAAGUGUGCUUCGACGUUUUAUAAUGCUUGUCAAGAUGAUGCAAAGUUGGGUGUCUAACCAAGGGGCACCGAUGUCGCAGGAAAAUUGUUUUCACUGCCGUUGAAUGACGCUUGUUCCUGCAUUUCUGCUUCUCUUAGGGAGGGAGAAAAGCCUAUCAGCAAGCAGCUGUCUCCCGCAAUAUUCAGGACUUUGACAAAACCCCUGGAAAAGAUUUCGUCUCACAAUCGAUACGAAAAAAAAAAGAUUGAUAUGUUUUCUGAUCAUUAAUUUUGUAUUUACUCUUUAAAAGACGUCGUCUAGAGGAAGUAGUUGCCUUAGCUACAGAAAUCAUACAUACACAAACAUAUGGUACCAAAUUGCCUCGAGACGGAUUUAGAGUCAGUGAGUUCUUACUCUUUAUUAUUAGUUACUAAAAUAUUUAUGUUAUUCAAAAUUUUACUACAACUUACUCUAUUCGAACCCAGCUAGCCAACGUUAGCUGUUUGCGGUGUGAUACUAGCCGUUUUCCACCCCGAAACGUUCAAAUCGCGAAUUAAAUAUUUAGGAGGAAAUCCGAAGUAUCUUCUAAGUUUCAUAUCACCUAAGGCACAUAUUUUAAUAUAAAAAAGAAAGCUUACAACGCAACUUUUACUAUCGUUGAAAUACUUAGAAAAUUAUAAUUUCAAGUAAUUUGAACAAGUGACUACAAGAAGUGAUUUCUCCCGACGUCCGAUGUUUUGGAUGUCACUGUACCCCAUAUGGUCCUCUGCUUGCCGUUUGUAUUUGUUGUUUUUUAAAAAGAACUGGAAUCCACAGCUAGAAUAUUUUAGCUUGAUGACUUACCAGCCCAAGCAUGACAAACAAAAUCAAUUUUGAGGGUGUGAAUUUCUGGCAGGGAAUGACAUACCACGCAAGAAUAAAUUGACUUCCAGCUGAAUUGGAGCGCCACCCGCCACUUCUUAGCGACUGGUGACUGCUGGAAAAAAUCCACCUGGUUUGGGAUUAUAUCCCAGAUUCUUGCGAAUAAUCGGUUCUCGGACUAGUCGACAUUUUUUCAGGGCCCUUGAGCCGUCUAGAAACGCUUCAUUUCAGAUAGAAGUUAAUUUGCUCUUGCGUCAGUAGCUCCACUUCGGCGACGUCCCCUUAAAUCAUUAUAUCAAAUGACACCACGUACAGCCAUUUUCAUAGCAACAAUAUUUUCACAGAAAACUAAAACAAAUAUCGAGCACCCACUUUAAACACUUAAGAAGCGUCAUGAAUGCUUUAAUAUAUUUUGAACCUUAGAUGUAACAACGAUGACGAGAAGGUUUGUUGUUUUCUCAAGUAGAUCAGUGUUACUUGCAUGUAAGGGAUUAUUUUGCUUAAUGAAGCCAUAUUUUAUUUAUUGAUCCCAAAUAAGCAAACUAUACAUUUCCUUCACUUUAUGUUUGAUAUCCUGUGUUCAUAAUAUAGCAACGUUUCCAAAGAUGCAUAAUCAUUAGCCCUCAAAAAUGUUAUGACUGGUGGAAUCGCCCCAGCGGGUCAGUCUUGUAGACAUUUGUGUACAUAAAAACAGUGCCUUAUAUGUUCAUCCUAAUUAAUUAUUACGAUGCGUGUCAGCAUUUUCCUUAAGAAAAGUAGCUGGUUAAAAGUCUGUGUGAUUAAGCAAUCGGGUGGUACUUCAGUGCCGCUUUCUUUCUAUAAAAUGUCAAAAAAUUAACCACAAAAAUAAAUCCCAUUCUACUUUUGCAUUAGCUUAGCAAAAACAUUUGCUCAUCUUUUUUUUUUAAGUUAUUAUCUUACCGGAAUUAUUUUUAAUAUAUCAAUAGGUUCUAUGUUUACUCCAAAAUUUUGGUACAUGUAUUGGUUGCGCGCAUAUCACAUGUUAACUCUCGUACCGUGUAAAGUUGACAUUUCUCGCUCCUGUUGCCAGUACCACUGUGAAUUAGUGUCACUAAGCUGCACCAACAUUUUCCAGUGUUUAAAAGAGAGCUGGAUCGUCCCUGUCAUCAGAUGGUAGUUAAUGUCUGCAGAUUCCCCUAAUAUAUAGCCUCAAAAUUGAGACACUACAAGGCAUCUCAUCUUUACUUUUGUCCUAGAGGCACACUUACGUUGACAUAAACGAAAGGGUUAUUCGCAGGGCCAGAAGAUCACAAAUUCUGGGCAUUCGACUGAAGAUAUAUAGUGGAGUUUGACCUAUCAUUUUAAGUCUCAAAGACCCUUGUCUCUCUUUGCUGCUGUGGUUUAUUUUUUGUUGCCAUGAGGUGGCUUACCUUUUGCUCUUAACGCACACACGUGUUCUUAAACUGGUUCAUGUUGUGAAGGUACGUCUGUUGGUACGAGAUGGCGUUUACCUUGUACAAAUACUCCAGUGCUCUGAAUUGAGUGUUAUGUACCUGUACAAAGUUUCCAAUGAAAGCAGGCUUAGAGGUUGAUGGCAACAGUUUUGUCGGCUGUGUUCCGACGCGAAUCUAAGUAGAGCGACAGUGACUCCAGAUGAAAAUGGUUCUCCUGAAAACCAACCUAAGAAGUCCUCACAGAAACCAGUCAAAAGUAUCUAAGAAGCCAACGGUUGUGGCAGUUUCUUCUUUUUAAUUUAUGAUUGGUCGAUCAGGAGCACGGAAGCUAUAUGUCCGUCCUUUCUGCUUGCGGAAUUGGUUACCAUGAGGCACGUGGCUCAAGGUCGUUCCGGUGACAUGCCGUUCCUGUUGAUGCAUUUUUUUUUUUUUUUUUUUUGUAUGCGACCGAUGCUAUCGAAUGUGGGAACCAACCUGAAAAGGUAAAGCCAUCUUCUGGAUGGCAUGUUUGGGUCCGCAUACUUAACAAAAUGUAGAUCGGGAAUGGGGCAUUAUGAAAUGUUCUGGUGUAGCUAGGUUUGCGGGAAAAAGUGCUGGGGCGAUCUUUAGCACAGCCCAUAUCACCUGCUGAUUAUCUUCGCUUUUCAUGUUCAUUGCGUUUCCUCGGCAACACAUAUACCAUUGAAAAAAAUCAUUAGUGUAUACAUGUGAAAUAUAUGGCACGCUGGAGAACAAAAAAUACGGAAGGAGCUUUGGGCCCUGCUUUUCCACCGCGCCAGGACAAAAGUGUUUUGAACUCGAGGAAAAAAAGCCAUUCUACAAACUAUUUUUAUGUUGUAAAAGUGAAGUCACCAGAUCACUGCAUGAUCGUCUCUUUUGCUGUUAUCGAUGCACUAGUCAAAGAGAUUGUAAUUCUUUUUGUUGUUUUUAAUGUGAAACAAAGAUGUUGCAAUAAAGAAUUGAAGCACUCAGUGCCAAUGGCCCCUGUUUCAACACACAAUAUCUAAUAAAGUUUGUUUGCGUUUAUUAUUUU